AUGCACUCUACCAACCCGAACCUCGAAGAGCAAGUCAAUCAAUUGGCAACGAGACCGACACCACCCCGUCGUGGAAACUGUGGUUGGUGCGGAGGCCUUAGACAUCCCCGCAAGGACUGUCCAGCGACCAAACCAGGCACCUACUGCACCAACUGCUAUAUGACUGAGAACCACCUUGCCAAGGUCUGCAGAUCCCCCAAAGACAAAUUCAAGUUGGAUUUUGAAAAGAAACAAAGAAAACAAACCAAGCGCCCUCCCCCUCGGCGCUCAGACACUGCUCAUCACUUCUCUCAAGGGAACGAUGCAACUGCAACGUAUUUUGAAGAUGAUGAUGAUGAUGACUACGUGGUCCACUCUUUCUCAGCUUUUUCUCUUUGUGACGACAAGGAGGAUGACAAAUACUUCACCUGGCUCCCAGUCUCCGUUAGCCCUGACAAGAACAUAAAAGUGCUAAUGCAAGUGGACUCUGCCGCAUCCUGUACCACCUUGCCGUCAUCAGUCUUCAGGAAGUUAUCGGCGACUGCCCCGCUACGCCCCUCGCAUGUCAAGAUAUUUCCUUACUCUGGAGAACCUAUUCGCCCAUUGGGCAAAGUAAGUCUAGCUUGCGAGGGCGUCUCCCACUUCGAAACACUAGAAUUUCAAGUAAUAGACUCAGCAUACAUCCCAGGCAAACCCGCUCUCAUAAGUGGUAGAGACAGCAAGCGUCUCGGCCUACUGAGAUUUCACAAAUACAGAGUGUUCUCCUCACCAACGUCAGACGUCAAACUACCCCGCAUCCAUCUGGCCUCUUCAGAUCAGACAACACCUCUCCAGUCAGCGGCCACAACCGACUUGCAACCAGGCCACCUCCAGCAGACCCAAUUGGUUACAUUAUACAAGGAUAGCUUUGAGGGUCUGGGAAAUGUGGGUCAGACAGUCCAUCUGACCUUGGAUCCUAAAGUCAUGCCCUGCCAUGCAGGCAUCCAUCGAGUACCGGUGGCGAAACUCGAAAAAGUGAAAGCACAACUUGACGCCAUGGUGAAAUGUGGAAAACUCAAGAAGGUGGACCAACCCACAAACUCGUGUACUAACAUGACGGUUAGAGAAAAGACCCGCCCCAAUGGCACCACCAAAAUAAGCUUAUGCUUAGAUCCCAGCCAAACGCUGAAUAAAGCCAUCAUAAUUCCGCGCUACCAGAUUCCUACUGUACAGGAAAUACUCCCACGCUUGUCAAGGAAGAAGCAUAAGACGUUCUCCAUAUUCGAUGCCCUCGAUGGCUUCACUCAAGUUACGCUCACAGAUGAGUCCAGUUUGCUCACCACCAUGCACACCCCCUGGGGUCGAUACUGUUGGCUCCGCCUCCCUUAUGGCGUUAGUUGUACUCCAGAGGAAUUCCAGUUGCGAAUGCAUGAGGCCCUUGAGGGUCUGCACGAUGUGUAUUGCAUAGCUGAUGAUAUCCUCGUCGUGGGCCAAGGUGACACAGUCGAGGAAGCAAACAGAAAUCAUGAUCUCAAUGUCCUUGCCCUAAUGAAGCGCGCUCGGGACAAGAACCUGAAGUUCAACCCACAAAAAAUUCAGUUUAAACUAUCAAAGAUCGCCUUUAUGGGCCAUGUGAUAUCCAACCUGGGAGUGACACCAGACCCCAACAAAGUCAAGGCCAUUUCUGCUAUGCCAGCCCCUACAGAUAAGCAGGGAGUGAUGCGAUUUUGUGGCAUGACAUACACCAGGAACGAUUUGCCCAAGCAAAGCAUCUCAUGCCUCGCUUACUUUGCCAAAAACAAGCCAGUCACCCUCCAGGUGGAUGCCUCACAAGGAGGGCUUGGGGGAGCCCUCCUCCAGCCUAAUGAUUCCGGAGACCUUCAACCAGUCGCUUACACAUCUUGCACCCUCCGCCCCAAUGAAGAACUCUGGGCUCAAAUUGAAAAAGAAUGCCUUGCUAUAGUGUCGGCCUGUGACAAGUGGGACCUCUGGAGUUACGGCCGCGAGGUGAACGUCCACAGAGACCACCAGCCCUUAGAAACAAUAUUCAAGAAGCCUUUGCACUCAGCACCUCGCCGCCUCCAGAAAAUGCUGAUGCGGCUACAGCGGUACAAAAUCAGAGUCACAUACAAGAAAGGCACGUCACUCAUGCUGGCGGACACUCUCUCGAGGGCCCCUCUCCCCACCAUCAACGACUCAAAACAAACCAAUUUUGAGAUUUUCAGUCUUGACAUCGACAGCGACAUCAAAAACCCUAGGGUCACUUCCGAGACUCUGAAGGAAAUCAUAGCUGCAACUGAGAGUGACCCCACUCUCUGUCACUUGAUCAGGGUCAUAACCACAGGCUGGCCUUCAAGAAAAUCGGAACUUACCCACAGCUUACACCCCUAUUGGAACUUCAGGGAAGAACUAACCCAUCAAGAUGGGAAUGCCAAGGAACCCAUGAAGUCCCAGCCUAUWCCAGAGUACCCUUGGCAGUUUAUUAGUCGAGAUAUUUGUGCGUUUGAGUCGAGCACCUACCUCGCCACAACCGAUCAUUAUUCAGACUUCAUCGAGGUUGAUGAACUGGAAGACAUCUUAUCUGCCACUAUUGUGGCCAAAACUGAAGCACAUUUUGCUCGACAUGGUGUUCCAGAAACGAUUUUAACUGAUAAUGGACCACAAUUUAUUGCAUCCGAUUUUGAGCAGCUCUGCCACAGAUACCAGACAAACCAUGUCACAAGCUCACCGUACUGGCCCAAGGGAAAUGGAAAAUUAGAGGCAUCAGUAAAAAUCGUCAAACGCAUCUUGAAAAAGUCUGGGAAAACCGGCCUGCAUGAGGCCCAUCUCUUGAGCCCAGCAGAAAGGAGUACGGGACGCCGCACCCGCGGACUCCUUCCUAUAUCCACGGAGCUCUUACUACCCAGCGACCACACUACUGACAUAGUCCAGGGAGCUAUCGCGGCUAAGCGAGCUAGGGCUAAACAACACUGUGACAAGGUCGUGGUUGGAUAA